AUGGAAAGGACCAAUUAUUUCGAUCCCUAUGUUUGGCGGAAAAGUGCACAUCGUCGGCUCUCCGGGACUGAUAAACUCUCUUCAGAGACAGGGCAAGACGGCUUCUUCUGGUAUUUAGAGGCCCGGUUUACAGCUGAGCUCGGGGGGCUGAGCGGAGAGGGAACGAAGAAACUGGUUGCCAAUUUAGAGCCAGCGUCCGAGAAACCUAGUCUCUUGGUAGAGGGAUUGAAAGCCACACAGCAGGCAAUCUCUCCUCUUGGUGGAGCCCGUCUUGAUAAUUUGGCAAAUGGAGCAGGUAAUAUUAACCUAAAUACUGAUCUUUGGGCAUGGGUUCAGCAUGAAAUAACGGUUGCCACAACGGAAAGCGUCUACGGUCCCGAAAAUCCAUAUCGAGAUUCAAAGGUGGAAACUGGGUUCUGGGACUUUGCCGAUGACAAUGUCACGCUCCUGUUGACAAAGUUUCUCCCAAAUUUUGUUGCCUCCAAAGCCAUCAAAGGUCGAGCCAUAGUGGUAGGGGCAAUGAGUCGUUACUUUACUAAUGGCGCCCAAAAGAAUGGUUCAUCGCUGGUCAAAGCAAGAUAUUUAAGUCUAUCGACUGAGAUGAGCCAUGACGAUCUUGCCAAGUUCGAAUGUGUCAAUGGCAUUGCAAUAAUGACCAAUACGGUUCCUACAGCUUUCUGGACAGUCUUUCAAAUAUUUUCUGACCCCGAGCUUCUUGAGGAAGUUCGGGAGCAAGUGCGAGAAAUAACAACCACCACGCAAUCGCUGGAGACGGGUAUUUUGGAGAGCAAGAUCAACCUUCGCAGGCUAAAAGAUGCACCAAUACUCUUCUCCGCUCAACAAGAAACAUUACGAUUCCGAGCUACUGGCACACAACCGCGUAUGGUCAUGGAAGAUAUGAUAGUUGGAGAUAACGAGUAUCUCCUUAGGAAGGACUCAAUGGUGAUCAUAGCCAAUAGAGCAUUACACUAUGACAAGAAGACCUGGGGAGAGACCGCCGAUUCAUUUCGCGCGAAUCGUUUUUGCGGCAAGGUUCCGGGACAUGCUUUCCGAGGCUUCGGCGGAGGUUUAAACUUGUGUCCCGGGCGAGGUUUCGCUAUGGUAGAGGUGGCAGCGCUCAUGGCAAUGCUAGCAAUGAGGUUCGACUUAGUGCCAGUAGGGGGAAGCUGGUCUGAACCUGGCCAGGAACUCAACAACAUGUCCCUUCGGGUUGCUCCACCUAGAAGGAAAGUGAUGGUCAGUAUAGUACCAAGAGAGGUAUCAGGUAAACAAAAAUGGUCUCUUGAGUAA